AGUUUAGCUCUCGUUUCGUGAAGAGUGUCCCAUUUCUAGCUGUUUGGCGUGUUUGAAUUCGUUGCAAAAUGUCGAAAAAUAAGGAAAAAUUCCCAAGCUCCCCAAAUACAUUGCACAAUUACUUUGCUAAAUCCCCUGCAAGCACCAAGAAACCGGCAAACCCAUCAACUCCAACGAGUGCCCUUCCUGCAGACCGUGCUUCAUCAUGCAAUCAAACUAAUGGCACACCAAAAAGCUCCAAAGCCGCAGUUAAAAAGGAAGCUGGAUCAGCCGGCAAGCAGAAACGCUCCGUAACGGUAAAACCGCCAGCAAAUGAUGUCGACGAAGAGGAGAUUGUUACUCAAAAGAAGCGGCGCCGUAUCUUGCUGCUGGACGACACAUCGGACACCGAGGAUGGCGAUGGUGGUCGGAAUAACGAGAAUAAACCCAACAAUAACAACAAUGUGGAGGAUCAUGAUGAGCAAACUGGUACGAAAAAGUUUGCAUUGCUAUCCUCAUUUGAGCGGCCAAAUGAAACGGCCGAAGCUGAUCAGCGAAAGGAAGCAAGCAAAGAUGCAUCGGAUGAUGGACCAGUGCAGAAAAAGAUAAAACUAGAAACGGUCCACGAACCGAGCGAAGAGCCGGGUGCUGUUUUGGACGAACCGACCGUUUGGACUCACCAGAAGCUGGACUUUUUAAAACCGAACAAAAUCAAAGACAUUCAUGGCAAUCGACCGGGAAGUGAAAAAUAUGACAACAGAACAUUGUACGUGCCGGACCAGUAUCUUACCACACUGACACCGGCCAUGCGGCAGUGGUGGAUCCUGAAGAGCAAGAACUUCGAUUGUGUACUGUUCUUCAAGGUGGGCAAAUUCUACGAAUUGUAUCAUAUGGAUGCUGAGGUCGGUGUUACGGAGCUCGGAUUCAGCUUCAUGAAGGGUGAAUUCGCACACUCCGGGUUUCCCGAGGCUGCAUAUGACCGUAUGUCGACCACACUUGUCGAGAAGGGCUUCAAGGUGGCCCGGGUGGAACAAACGGAAACACCCGAAAUGAUGCAGGAGCGCUGUAAGACCGAGCGUACGAACAGCAAAUUCGACAAGGUCGUCCGUCGGGAGAUUUGUCAAAUCACUCUGAUGGGUACGGAGGUGUUUGGGCAGCAGGUAACCAUUACCAACAAUCACCAACCACGCUACAUGCUGGCGAUUACGGAAACUCCCCGUCAAGGGACGUGCAGUCGCUACGGAGUUUGUUUUAUCGACACAUCGAUCGGAUUGUUUCAUCUCGGUGAGUUUGACGACGAUAACCAGCAGUCCCGAUUGCUCACGUUCUUGUCCCACUAUCCACCGGUUCUGAUACUUCAUGAGCGUGCCGGUUCGGGCAAUAUGUCCGAGGGAACGCAGCGCAUUAUGAGAACAUUGCUUGCUAACGUGAAGCGUGAAGCCCUUACACACGGAACCCAGUUUUGGUCGGGCGAAACAACGCUGAAGUAUCUUGCGGAAACAAUCUACGGAGGAUCGAUGAGCGAAGAGUCCAAAUGGCCACCGGCAUUACGCACCAUGUUGGACGAUGCCGAUAGUUUGGGGCUAACGCCAAAAGAAUCGUACCAACUUGCAUUGAAAGCGCUUGGGGGAUGUGUUUGGUAUCUGCAGCGAUGCCUUCUGGACCAGCAGGUGCUUUCACUGGCCACAUUCGAAGAGUACGUUCCACUUGAUGAAAACAAGCAUGCAGGUAGCGAGACGAUUGAGCAGCGUCUUGGGGCUGCCAAAGCCAAACGCUUUAUGGUACUGGAUUCCAUUACACUGAACAAUCUGAAGAUAGUCGGUUCGGAAGGUUCUCUGGUCGAUCGAAUGGAUCACUGUUGCACCAAGUUUGGUAAACGAUUGCUUCACAGCUGGGUAUGUGCUCCGAGCUGCGUUAAAGAGGUAAUUCUCGAGCGCCAGGAAGCUGUUGGUGAGUUGAUUGAGAAUGUGGACCUGCUGCAGGACGUUCGUCAGAUUCUCGGUCAACUACCGGACAUGGAACGGCAUCUGGCACAGAUUCAUGGUUUCGGACUGGCGCUAACCAAUCACCCAACCAGACGAGCCAUCCUGUACGAGGAGCACGUGUACGGAAAGAAGAAAAUGCGCGACUUCAUCGCAACCUUGAAAGGAUUCCAAUCUCUGCUAGCUCUUCCACGUCUUUUUGCAAGCGUUUCUUCAAAGCUACUCAUACGGUUAACCCACAAAGCUGGUUCCAACCCAUCGGGAGCGUUCCCAUCGAUGGAAAAACAGAUCGAAUUCUUCGAAAACUCGUUCGAUCACGAAAAUGCACUCAAGAGUGGCAGUAUCGUGCCGGAGAAAGGGCUCGACGCAGAAUACGAUGCGAUCGAGCAGGAGAUCAAAGAUUUGAACGAAGAACUUGAUCAGUAUCUCGUGAGCCAAGGUAAAUUUUUUGGCUGCACCGUAAAGUACUUCGGGAACGAUAAGAAACGGUUUCAGUUGGAAGUGCCGGAAGGACGGGCAAAGAAAGCAACCAGCGAUUACACGCUGGAAGGUACGAAAACCGGCAAGAAUGCGGCCAAACGCUUUCACACCGAGGAAACGCGACACUUCCUGAAGCAGAUGAUGCAGCUUGAGGAUCGCAGAAAGGCGGUUCUGAAAGAUUUAGCCCGUAGAAUCUUUGAACGAUUUUCGCGCGAUUAUGACAUGUGGAAGAGUUGCAUCGAUCUGAUGGCCACGCUCGAUGUGCUUACGUCGCUGGCAGAGUAUGCACGGUCGGAAGGGCUGAUGUGUGUGCCGGAGCUACUCGAUAAGGAUGAGUCGGUAAAUGGAGGCAAAGCAUUCGUCGAGAUCGAGGAGGGUAUCCAUCCGUGUCUGACGAGUGAUGCGGCUGAGAAUUUCAUUCCGAACGGCAUAGCUAUCGGAGGGGAUGAGAAAGCCAAUCUGGUACUACUUACCGGUCCGAACAUGGGCGGUAAAAGUACCCUUAUGCGGCAGGUUGGUUUGCUGGCCAUGAUGGCCCAAAUUGGAUCACGCAUUCCGGCCCAAAGCUGCCGCAUGACGCUGAUUGAUCGAAUUUUUACGCGACUCGGUGCUAGCGAUGACAUUAUGGCCGGCCACAGCACAUUCCUGGUGGAGUUGAAUGAAACAUCCGCUAUCCUGAAACAUGCCACCGCCGACAGCCUGGUGCUGUUGGAUGAGUUGGGCCGUGGAACGGCAACGUACGAUGGAACAGCUGUCGCCGGUGCCGUUGUACACUUUCUGGCGGAUUUAAAAUGUCGCACCAUGUUCUCAACACAUUAUCACAAUCUAGUGGACAGUUUCCACGAAGAUCCACGGAUCGCUUUGGGUCACAUGGCCUGUAUGGUGGAAAACGAAGAUGGGGAUGAUCCUACCCAGGAGACGGUCACUUUUCUGUACCGCUACACGGAAGGGGCAUGUCCAAAAUCGUACGGAUUUAAUGCUGCUAAGCUGGCGGGAAUGCCUGCGGCCAUCAUUAAACGUGCAUACGAGCUCUCUAAAACGGUCGAAUCGGAAGCCCUGAAGCGUAAGAUACUGAUGAAGCUACUUAAAAAUGCACCACAAAACGAGAUCAAAGAUCUCGUGGUAAAGUUUAAAUCCUGCCAAUUUUAAUUGUUUUAUAUUGUUCAUGUACUCUGCUUUUACUCGUUACCCACUCGGUUUUCCAUCUUUGGACAUUUGCAAAGAUCUUCUGUAUACGUUUGUAUAGUUUGUAAGUCAUUGUGCCAUAAGUACAAAUUUCUCAUCACUUACUCAAAUUUCGCGGUCGAAUAAAUAAGCGGUGGAAUGCAUCCACGCUACAAUAAGCAAAUCGUUCGAUUUCAACCUUACGUUCGUUUUAUCUACAUCAAAAAGGAUAAUGUAUUUGACAAAAAGAUUAAGUAACAUAAUUUCCUUACAGCCGGUGAGCUAACGGCGAGCGAAAUUCCCACCUCCCACACGCUCUAGAAGUUUGAAAUCGUUUAAUGGCUAAGAAGAAACGUGAUUUGUUCCUUUUCCCCUAUGGCUGUCGUCUUCAUUUAGCUUUUUCUACUGCAAUUUUGUUACUUGAUGUAUGGAAAGGAACUUAAAGCACUUUCGCCUGUUCGCUCCGCUUGCUCAUGUUUUUGCUUCUACUCUAGCUAGUCGCCACGUGUAUGAGCAACGUUUUUUUAUCACCGUCAUC